AAUGCAGACGGAGCGGCGGAGGAUGGAGCGCAGCCGAGCCACACGUCGCACGCACUUCGGACAUAUUUCCACUUAAGGAUCGCUCUUUAAUUAAAAGCCACGUUGAGGGGAUUUUUCUGGGAGGUGUUUUUCUGAUGAUUUCCUGCUGACAUCAGUCCACUCCACCAACCCGUCUGUCAACCUGCCACCGGCUUCGUUUGUCUGUUAGCGUGGAAAUGGAGAGAAAAUCCCGCUGAAAAAACAACAACAAAAAAAAACAGUCAACAAAAUCCAUUUUCAGUGAGGUUCCAGUCGGACACACCUUCUGCUGGACUGCUGUGUCUGAUUCAGUCAGCAUGGAUGAAGACAAUCACGUUCCUGAGGAUCUGUCUCUGGAGGAGAGGGAUGAGCUGUCAAACAUCCGACGCAGGAAGAGAGAGCUGUUGGACGAUAUCGAGAGGUUGAAGUUUGAGAUCGCCGAGGUGAUGACGGAGAUUGAGGAGCUGACGUGUGUUGGGGAAAGUAAAACAUCGCAAAGAAACAAGCAGAUUGCCAUGGGGAGAAAGAAAUUCAACAUGGAUCCCAAAAAGGGGAUCCAGUUCCUGCUGGAGAAUGACCUCCUCCAACACACACCUGAAGACAUUGCCCAGUUCCUCUACAAAGGCGAAGGCCUGAACAAAACCAUCAUCGGAGACUACUUAGGCGAGAGGGAUGAAUUUAACAUCAAGGUGCUGCAGGCGUUUGUGGAGCUACAUGAGUUUGCAGACCUAAACCUCGUCCAAGCGCUACGUCAGUUCCUGUGGAGUUUCCGUUUGCCGGGUGAAGCUCAGAAGAUCGACCGUAUGAUGGAGGCGUUUGCCUCGCGGUACUGCCAGUGCAACCCUGGAGUUUUUCAGUCAACAGAUACCUGUUACGUGUUGUCAUUUGCUAUCAUCAUGCUGAACACCAGCCUGCAUAACCCAAACGUCAGAGACAAGCCCCCCGUGGAGCGCUUUAUCUCCAUGAACAGAGGCAUCAAUGAAGGAGGCGACCUACCAGAGGAGCUCCUCAGGAGUCUUUACAACAGCAUAAAAAACGAGCCCUUCAAAAUCCCAGAAGAUGACGGGAAUGAUCUGACACACACGUUCUUCAACCCCGACAGAGAAGGCUGGCUCUUGAAGCUAGGCGGCAGAGUGAAGACAUGGAAGCGAAGGUGGUUCAUUCUGACGGACAACUGCCUCUAUUACUUUGAAUACACAACCGAUAAAGAGCCUCGUGGGAUCAUUCCUCUGGAGAAUCUCAGUAUAAGAGAAGUGGAUGAGCCUAGAAAACCAAACUGCUUUGAGCUCUACAACCCCAACCACAAAGGUCAGGUGAUCAAAGCUUGCAAGACUGAGGCUGAUGGGCGUGUCGUCGAGGGCAACCACGUGGUGUACAGGAUAUCGGCUCCUACACCGGAGGAGAAGGAGGAAUGGAUCAAAUCCAUCAAAGCGAGCAUCAGCAGGGAUCCUUUCUACGACAUGCUGGCCACCAGGAAGCGGAGGAUAGCCAAUAAGAAAUGAUUUCCAUCUGCACCAGCUGUCAGCAUCCUCGUCUCUGUGUGUUAAGCAGGUCACUCUGUCCGGGACACAGUUUGACUGAAAUGGAUCGUUGGAGCCCAUUUGAAUGUUACAUAUUUAAUUCGGCACAGACUUUGGAUGCUGGUGUGGGAUUCCUAAAAUGCUGGAAGAAAACACACAACUGGAGAAACAGCCAUGGCUGGAAUCAUGGGAACAUAUAAUACUGCCCUCUGCAGGACACCUUUGGAAUUGACCCAUUCUGCAGUAAUGGCGGAGGA